AAACCCCAGCAUCAGAUAUGAACGCCUUGAAGAAUGACCACCCGACCUUGGCAAACCUACAGAGUGUCUUGGAAAAAGAGGGAAUCGAAUUCGUCCGCUUCGAGUUUGGCGACAUGAACGGCAUAUCUCGUUGUAAAGUCGUGCCGUCUCGUCAUGCUCCGGAGAAAUCCAAGCGAGGUGUCAACAUCCCGAUGAUUCAGCUGGCCAUGGAUACGGCGUGCAACCUUGUCUCCGGUACCGGGUACGCCAUCGAGAUUUGCUGGACCGACGGGGUUUUCUUCCCCGACCUAAGCACCUUUCGCUCGGUGCCUUGGCUUCCAAACACCGCCCUAGUGUUGAUGGAGCCGACUUUCCGCGGCAAGCCCGUACCGUCCUACCCACGUUACGUCGCCAGACGACAGCUGGAUCGUCUUCAGGAGUUGGGCUACAGUCUGCUGUCGGCCCACGAGCACGAGUUCUACGUCAUCGAUGCCGAGUCCAAGAAACCACUACACCAGGGAAACCUAAGGUCCUCUUUAAGCAUCUUCGCAGACACUGAUCUGAUGUACGCCUUCUCGCGAAGUUUGACCGGGAUCGGUGUGAACGUGGAAGCUUUGGACACCGAAAUUUCCCCGGGUCAAGUUGAGAUAACCUACAAACCGGCGUUUGGAAUCCGCGCGGCUGACAACGCGCAUCUCUACCGCGCAACUAUAAAGGAGGUUGCGCAGAAACGGGGCUACAUCGCCUCGUUCAUGUCUAAACCGUGGGCGGAUCGGAGCGGAAACUCCGCCCACUUUUGUCACUCCCUCUGGGAUGUUGCAGGAAAGAAAGGCGUCAUGUAUGACCCUAGGGAUGAGCUGAAAAUAUCCGAAGUGGCACGGCACUGGAUCGCCGGUAUCCUCGCCCACGCUCCAGCAAUCAGUCUUCUCAUGGCGCCAACUCCCAACUGCCCGAAACGAUUCAAACCUUUCAGCUUCGCGCCAACCAACGCCACGUGGGGGAUUGAGAACCGGACCUGCGCCUUGCGUCUGAAGAUCCAAGGUGAGGCGGGAACCUACUUGGAGAAUCGCAUGGGAGCCAGUGCCAGCAAUCCUUAUCUGACGCUAGCCGCCACAGUGGCCGCUGGAAUCGACGGCAUCGCCAAGAAGUUGCCACUCCCAGCCCGAGUUACCGGCGACGCGUACGUGCAGGCCGACGUACCGCCAGAUACCCAGGACCUACCCAGUACCCUCCAGGGCGCCCUGGAAGCCUUCGAAGCAGACAGCGUCAUCACCGAGGCUUUUGGGGAGGAGUUCUGCCGGGCAUUUCUCGCCGUCAAGCGAAACGAGAUGGAGAAGGACAGGGAGGCACAAGCAGACGGAGACACCGACUGGGAAUAUCGCAACUAUUUUGAGAUGAACUAACCUGUCUGUCAGAUAACUCACUUUGCCUGACUUCAUGAUUGCCAUUUCUUAUUCGCCAUUAUUUAAACAGUAGUUUGGGUUGGAUUUCGUUUUGUU